CGGGGCGGCGGGUUCGGCUGCGCAGCGGGGCUGAGUCGGCCGCGGCGGCCGGAGUACAGGGAGCGGACUUUUGGUUCCUGGAACCUCGGCGCUGAAGACAGCUCGGCCUUGCACACAGCUAUCUGGACGGCAGGGCCAGAGCUGAUGGCAGACAAUGUCAGCCACUAACAACAUCGCCCAGGCCCGAAAACUGGUGGAGCAGCUCCGCAUCGAAGCCGGGAUCCAGCGUAUCAAGGUCUCCAAAGCCUCAUCAGAGCUCAUGAGCUACUGCGAGCAGCAUGCCCGGAACGACCCCCUGCUGGUCGGCGUCCCUGCCUCUGAGAACCCCUUCAAGGACAAGAAGCCUUGUGUUAUUCUAUAGCGUGGUUCCCUUCUGUG